UGAAGUCACGUGACUCGCAGCGGCACAUCUUAAUGACGUAUCCUGUGUUUUGGUGAGACCCUGUGCUUGUCGAACAAUAUAUUUAGGGCCUGUAUUUGGUUUGGGUGUCUGUGCUGUAUUUCUCCUUUUGCGAUGAACAAAAACAAGGCCAGCGGCGUGUCGUGGGUGAAGCCAGCGGAACCGUCCUUUCUGAAGAAGUUUAAAAAUGACGUCGGCUACAAAGAAGGACCGAAUGUUGACACUAAGCGGCAGGUGAUGCCGACACUAGAUGACGACAGCGGGAGUGAUCGAGAGGACGAGUUGCCUCAAGUUGUGGUUCUAAAAGGAGGAGACUUGAGCGCAGAGGACCUGAAGAACAUCAAGGGCGACACACGUCCUGCAGAGAAAGAUGACGAACCUCCUGCCGACGGUAAAAUCCUGUUCAAGAAACCCGCCAAGCGCUCCUCCGACAAGUUCCAGGGCAUCACCGCCAGCUCCAGCAAAAAGAAGAAGAAGAGCGAUGGGGGAGAGAAGAAGAAGAAGGUAGAGCAGCAGCAGGAGGAGGAGGAUGAUGAUGUGGUAGAGGAGAAGGAGAAGGAGGAUAAGGAGAAGAAAGAUGAGAAGGAGAAGAAGGAGGUGAAGUCUGGAAAGACAGUGAAAAAUAACAGCCUUCUGUCAUUUGGAGACGACGAGGAUGACGAGGACGACUAGAUGUUGUUCCACUGUCACUGAGCCCUGUGACAAGAGGAGUCAAAGUGACGUUUGAAUAUUAAUGCUCAAAAUGUUUCAUAAUAUUGGCCAAUAGGAACGGGGGGGACAUAAACAGAUACUGUCUUGAGUUCAUCAAUGCAGCCUGUCCAUUCUGUAGUUGUUUUAAAGGACAGUGCCAGUAUUUGUGCACGUCUAAGCCCACUGACUACAAAUAGUCCAUUGCUGACAACUGCUCUAUUCAGUUUAGUACCAAAAAAAAAAUCCACUUUCAGAGAUUCAAUUGGCUUCAUCCAUCAGAUUGAACAUCUUGAUUACCAGAUUUAGAUUUGAUUUAACUCCACUUGGUACAUUGAGAGGCUCAGACAGCGUCGAACAGGAACAGCUCGGGACAACGCUAACUCACCUUUGCCAAAAAAAAACAAAAGGUUAUGUAAUGUUCACUCUGACGUUGACUGUUUACCUACCUCAAACAAGUUUCAAGUCUCUAUACAUUGUGAGUUUGUGAAAGCCCUUUGAGACAUUUUUAUUUUAGAAAUAUUGAGCUAUAACGGUAAAGUUCACUUUAAGUUGAUUUUCAACACUGACGCCUGUUUAAAAACCUUUGGUCAACAGAAAUUUAGGCAAUUUGUAGUCAAUGGGCUUAAAGAAGGGGAAAAAGCACCUGUGUGGUACGUCCUUUUUCAUCAAACAUCUGGCGAGAGAACAUCUGCAGCAGUCAGUGAAAUGGAGUUAAAACAAUAAAAUGAGAGCAAGGCUGCUUUUGCCGUUUGAAGGUGCUCAAAACAUUCGGUUGGCAGUUCUACACAAACUAUGCAAUUUAUUCCGAUAUAUGGAAAUCAAGCAACUCCAGGUGCAAACACUGGGAGACUUUGGUUCGAGUUUUCUGCCAAAUUUGACCAGUCGUCGAUCAUCUGGGCGACUAGUUAUUUGCAAUAAUCUCCUUUGUUGGAAAGGAAAAAAUAAAAUAAAAAAUUUGACACUUUAUCUUUUAUGACAAAAAGAAAGUAAUAUUCUUGAGGUUGAAUCCAAACAGUGACGCACUUUUGAAGACUUUUUCCUGUGCUCUUGGUGCCUUCCACUUUAGCGAACAAAGCAAUGGCAGACUCCACCUCAGAACAUUUUACUGAUGCUCCUCACACAUGCGUUAAGGUCCUCAGCCCCCGUCUGUCCGUAUCUCUGUGGCGUCGUCUCAACCGUACGUGUGUUUUUUGCGAGUAGCGUGGAUGUGCUCAUUGUAGAAUUCAGUCGAUGUCUUGAAUGUAUAUUCUAGCUUCGACAACGGAGCUGUAAGUUUGUAGAAACCAUGCAUUCUUGUCAAUGCAAUCGUACGUAUUCUUUUUAAUGUGAACUUGUUUUUAUUGUGUGCAUUUUUUAGAGAAUGGUCACGGCUGUAACAUUUGAAACUGUAAGAACAUUAAAUAAACUGAACAUCGUG